AUGGGAUCACAUCCGCUAUUUUUUGAGUGGUCCAAAAAUGGACAGACGCUUAAACAGGGAUCUAAUGUCAACUAUAAGAUCGAUAACUUUGAAAUGCACUCWACCUUUACUAUUAAAUCUGUAUCCAUGAGUGAUGUCGGGAACUAUAGWUGUGUUGUUAGCAAUGCUUUYGGAUCCGAUUCYCGCAGUAUUUUGCUUUCAAUUAAAGCUCCAAAACUGAUAUCACCUCCGAGUGUGAGAACCCAUUCCGAAGGUUCAUACUUUCAGAGCACAUGUACGGCACAGGAGGGUUCACUCCCAUUAUUYUUUGAGUGGUUUCUUAACGGACAUUCACUUAAAUUGGGUCCAAAUSUUAACUAUAAAAUCGAUAAUUUUGAUAUGUUUUCCGCAUUWACUAUAAAAAGUAUUACUCGUAAAGACUCCGGUAAUUACACGUGUGUUGUGAGGAAUGCCAUCKCAAGUGACACACAAUCGGUUCAGCUAUCAAUCAAAGGUCUCAAAUUAGUGCCAUUAUAUCCGAGAACUCAAAAAGAGGGCUCAUAUUUUCAAAUAACAUGUUCAAUACAGGAGGGCACACCUCCUUAUAWCUUUGAAUGGGCUAUUAAUGGMCAGAAAGUUAAGUCCAGUAAUGAUGUUAAMUAUAAGAUUGAAAAUUACAACAAAUUCACGACAUUUUCAAUCGAUGAACUCACCAGAAGUGAUGCCACAAACUAUACAUGUUUUGUGAGGAAUUCACAAACAAUUGACAGCCAGUCGACUGUYCUAACAAUUAAUGGUUAG